AUGCCAAGCUGUGGAUCCGCACUUUGUAAGCUGCGUCAGGUGGCCUUGGAGAUACCUGGGCUGCCACAACUGGUGUUGCAUUGGCUGAACGACCGGCAGGAGGUGGAGCCUCAACUUCUCAAUGCGGCUUUCAAACUGUUGGCGAAAUUGGCAAAAAAUCCGGACACCACCAGGCUCCACGAGGCCGGCUGCGUCGCCUUUCUACAGGACUUCCGGCCGCAGGCACCCAGCCAGUGUUUGGAUGCCCUUGAUGCUGCACUGUGGGCACUGUUAUGCCACCGCCCAGAGGCCAUUGAGCCUUCAGCGCUGUGUUCCACACCACUUCGACCUGGAGACUCUCAGGUGAAGGCCACUGGUGAGAUUCUGACCCCACCAAAGUCGCUGGCACCUCGUGAGCUUCAGACGGUGAAGCUACCUCUGCCAGAGGUAUGCCAGAAUCUGGGGGAAGCAGACCAGCAGCUGCUCCUAGAUAUGUCCGUCCGGUUGAAAUUCUCCGCCUCACUGCAACGCUCUGACGCCUGCCGGGAACUCUUCAACCUGGCCUCUGAUGUGCCACCCCAGUUGCUGCUGUCCCAUGGACCAGUUCUGGAAGGGCUUUGUUUAUGCCUUCACGACCCCAACUCUGCGGUUGCGGCAGCUGAUGCUUUGUGCCUGCUACUGGAACGGCUCCAUGAUCAGAGGCUGCACUCGAUAGGAAAGGACCAGGAGCUACCAGCUCUGUGGCAUUUCCUGGCACAACUCCUCUCUGGUGAUCUGUGCUUCUUCGCUCAGCAUGCAUUGCGGAAACUUCAGCAGAUCCUGCAUUUGGAUGAGAGAGGCGACACUGCAACCGGACAGCGUGGCAACGGCAGUGGGCAGCAAAUGCUGCACUGCUUGGUCCACGCUGCAAAGGCCUUGCGCACUCAGCUGGCACCCAGCCGGCAACCCUUGCGCUGUGCUGCAGAGGCGCUGGAAUGGUUUCGCUGCUUGGGUCUUCCAGAUGCCCAGCAUGUUGAGAAACUGCCAUGGGUGGAGCCCCUCUUCUCUCACGACUGGAACCCUCGGAAUUUGUUGCUGAUGGAUGUGGUCUUGGGUCUUCUGGCAGGUAUCACUCGCCUACCUGAUGUGGAGAAACUGCUGGCCUCAUGGGCAGCUGAGAAUGAGGUGGUGGCAACAAUGGUGGCAUCGUUGUUGUUUGACAUUCGUUUGCUUUGGGAACGACCUGAAGCAGUGCGGAUCUUGCAGCGUGCCGCAAAUGUGGUGGCGCCACAGCAAGAGAGGAGCUUCCAGAUGUUUCUGCAAAUGCUGGAAGAAGGUCUACCAGUGGAUGCUGCUGUGAAGGAGCUGGGCCAGGAGUUGGAGGUGGGUAGAGAAGUGGCCCUCUGCCAGGCGGCUCAGCUGCUUCAGCUGGGUUUGGGGGAAGAGCUCAUCGGUGGUGUCCACAGAAGUGUGGUUUGGCUGCGAGCUCGUCGCAACUUUGAACACUCGGAUGCACAGAUGUUGGCACCAGAUGAACUCCUGCUUGCGCCCGUAUCCCAAGGUGCCUUGCUUUGCCCUGGCUAUUUGGCAUUUCUGUUGGGCGCUUUGACUCCGACGAUGUGGUCUCAAGGAGGAUCCUUUGUUGUUCGCUUCCCGGAUCAGGAGCAAUUGAAGGUGUUGGAACAUGUCCAUGACCUCCUACGGACUCUACCAGAUCUUCAUGAUCUUCAAGGUGAAGAGAAAGAACAAAAAGAUACACGAGAUGCUGCAGCAAAUAUCAUAAUGGAUGCUUUGAAGCAGCUAGAUGACUUGGUGCACAGGAGACUCCUGCCGGGUUUGCACGCCCUGCUGAUGGAAGAUGACAGCUUCGGACAUGCGCAGCUGGCGGAUGCGCAGCUGAUGCGGGCUUCCCCAAACACUCAUCACGCAUCACGACUGCCUUCCAAGACUGAGCUGCUGCUUCGUGUCACUUUGGCACUGCUUGUCCGACGUGGACAUGAAGUGGAGCGGAAGGAGAUCGACUUGUCACUGCUGACCAUCCUGACUUCGGCUCCGGCUCCCCUUCCCGCUUUGGCUCUUCGCCUGGCAGUGCAACUGGAAGUUGCCAAGGGGAGCGAUCAGGCUCAAAGGAAGGUUGAUAUUGUACCAAGAAUUGGUACCAAACUUGCGAUGCUGUGCAUCCCAGUUGUGAUUAUGCCCAGGGCACAGAAGAUGAUGGACACUUUGAGUGAUGUGGCAAGCACUGAGAUGGACCACAGUGAGAUUAUGCAUUCGCAGCUUCCAUCACCCCGCUCUGAUAUCUCGGACUUGUGUGAGGAGUGCACGGGUCAUCUGGUCGUGAGGAGCACGUUUCUUCACAUGGAUGAUGGGCACAGCUUGAUGCAGACAUACCGGAAGCUCCGGCGGGCGAAGUCAGACUUUGCCCUGAUGAAUGAUCCGGAAGUGUACGAGCCUGGAAAGCUUAGCCCAGCCAACUUCCAGGAGACUCAUCAGCAAACACAAACAAUGCAGGCACCUCACUUCCAGCCACUUCAGCCACUUCAACCACUUCAGCCACUUCAGCCACUUCAGCCUGUAUCCGAUGUCCAUCCUUGCAAUGGCAAGCAGCAGGCUCAGGAAACUCAGAUUGGCAAAGGCAAAGAACGGACCACUGUGAUGUUGCGCAAUUUGCCCAACAACUACACGCGGGAGAUGUUCUUGAAGAUGUUGGAUGACCAUGGGCUGAUGGGCAAAUAUGACUUUGCAUACUUGCCCUGUGAUUUCUACCGCGAUGCAAAUUUGGGCUAUGCUUUCGUGAACCUGGUGGACGGCAAGGCUGUUGAUGAAUUGUGGAAGAUUUUCCAUGGCUUUUCGGAUUGGGCAUUGCCUACUGCUAAGGUUUGCGAAGUAAGCUGGAGUGGACCCCAUCAAGGAUUCAAAGCCCAUAUUGAGCGCUAUCGAAACAGCCCAGUGAUGCAUAAGAGUGUGCCUGACGAGUACAAGCCAGUAAUGUUCAAGAACGGUGUCCGAAAGCCAUUCCCCAGGCCUACCAAGAAGGUCAAAGCACCCUUUGAGGUUUUUUUCCGGCAUGGAAAGACAUGGACAGAUAUUGCCAUAACAGCCAUGACAUAGUUUGGUAGACCGUGCAAGCUCCUACCCCUGGACAGCACGUGUCUCCUUGGUCGUUCUUGUUCUUGAUUCCUGGAUAAAUUCAUGGAGGCCUCCUCAGAAGGCUGUUGGGAGCCUUCAACUUCGUACAGAUGCAUGUUGUACAGGACCCUCAUUUGUCAUGAGCCGUUGCAAGCUGACGUUUGCUUGAAUGGCUACCAGGUUUCAUGACCAAGUACCAAGUUUUUGCACUCAACGUCCAGACAUGUACAGUUGCAAAGUCGGAACAUGCUGGAGCAAAGUUCCAUGAGUCCUCACAGCAGACACUCUGGUCAAAACAAAACAACAGCAAUGCGCGGCUGGCAUCAAAUUUGCACAGAAGCACCCAUUGUCAUGGCAAGCUGCGGCCAACAGUGGAACCCAAUUUGCCAACCUUCAGUGAAAGACAGUGCCAUUGACAUGAAAUAA